AUGUCUUUACGUCUCGCGCCACGUAAAGUGGCCUCAAAAGCCCUCUUGCGAUCAUCCCGUCUCGAAUGCCCAUCUCGCUGCAACCCACGAUCCCCACCAACAUGCGCAUUCUCAACAACGAUACCAAAUAACCGCCGUGUCAACAGUAAUGCCGCACCCAGCGAGAAGCCCUCGAAAGUGCGUGUAACUUCCACAACGUCAGAACAAUCUUCCGACCUCCAGCAACGGUUACAAGAGAAAUCGGCCGCUUUGGCCAGGGAGCGAGAGGAACAGCUACGAGAAGCGAGACAAAGACGACUAGACAGGAUGAAAGAGGAGAGAGAAAAGCGAGAACAGGGUGGAGAGUCAGAGAGGAAGGUGUUCUCGAAAAAGGAGUUGGAAGAGGAGAAAGAAAAGAAGGAGAAGGAGGAUUAUAAGAGGAGGUAUAAGCAACUGGAGAGGAAUUGGUUGAAGUUUAUGGUUGGAAUGCCGAUUUUCUUGGUUACGAGUUAUGAUCUUUUCCAAAGACUGGUUAUGAAAAGAGAGCCCAAGGUUCCUCCAUGGAAACAGGCCAAGAUUAAUAAGGAGAAGGAGGAGAAAGAGCAACGAGAGAAGCUAGAGAAAGAGGGUGAGGUGCUCUUGAAGGACUGA